AUAAAUGAAAAUUCCAUCUGAGAAAAUGUUGAAGUAGGAGUUACGGAUACAUUGGAUUGCCUGGAUGAAAUACAAGCAGUUAACUUUUGUAAAGUGGGGAGAAAGCCCAAAUUGCCAGGUCACAUGUGUAAAUCACUGCGUUAUUGCUUUAGUCAUUGUCUCUAUUUAGCAAUGACAAGACUGGAAGAAGUCCAUAGAGACGCGAACAUGCAUUCUUCAGUGCGGUACCUUGGCUAUUUAGCCAGAAUCAACCUGCUGGUUGCAAUAUGCUUAGGUCUUUAUGUGAGAUGGGAGAAAACGGCAAAUUCCUUGAUUUUGGUCAUUUUUAUCCUUGGUCUUUUUGUUCUGGGAAUUGCCAGCAUACUCUAUUACUAUUUUUCAAUGGAAGCGGCAAGCUUAAGUCUCUCCAAUCUUUGGUUUGGAUUCUUGCUCGGCCUCCUGUGUUUUCUUGAUAAUUCAUCCUUUAAAAAUGACGUGAAAGAAGAAUCAACCAAGUAUUUGCUUUUGACUUCCAUAGUAUUAAGGAUAUUGUGCUCUUUGGUGGAAAGAAUUUCUGGUUAUGUCCGUCAUCGACCCACUUUGCUCACCACGGUUGAAUUCCUGGAGCUCGUUGGAUUUGCCAUCGCCAGCACAACUAUGCUGGUGGAGAAGUCUCUGAGCAUCGUGUUGCUGGUCGUUGCCUUGGCCAUGCUGAUCAUUGACCUGAGGAUGAAGUCUUUUCUAGCUAUUCCAAAUUUAAUUAUUUUCGGGGUCUUGUUAUUUUUUUCCUCAUUGGAGACUCCCCAAAAUCCAGUCGCUUUCGCCUGCUUUUUCAUUUGCCUCGUCGCAGAUCCUUUCCUCGACAUCUACUUUAGUGGACUCUCGGUGACUGAAAGGUGGAAGCCCUUUUUGUACCGGGGAAGAGUUUGCAGAAGACUCUCAGUCGUUUUCAUUGGAAUGAUUGAGCUUACGUUUUCUAUUCUUUCCGCAUUUAAACUAAGAGACACUCAUCUCUGGUAUUUUGUAAUACCAGGUUUUUCCAUUUUUGGAAUUUUCUGGCUGAUUUGCCAUAUUAUUUUUCUUUUAACUCUUUGGGGAUUCCAUACCAAAUUGAAUGACUGCCAUAAGGUUUAUUCCACCCACCGAGCCGAUAACAACAGUCUGGAUAGAGUCAUGGCAUCCAAAGGGAUGCGUCAUUUUUGCUUAAUUUCUGAGCAGUUAGUUUUCUUUAGUCUUCUUGCAACAGCGAUUUUUGGAGCAGUUUCCUGGCAGCCAACAAAUGGAAUCUUCUUGAGCAUGUUUCUCAUUGUUUUGCCAUUGGAAUCCAUGGCACACGGGCUCUUCCAUGAACUGGGUAACUGUUUAGGAGGAACAUCUGUUGGAUAUGCUAUUGUGAUUCCCACCAACUUCUGCAGUCCUGAUGGCCAGCCAACACUUCUUCCACCAGAACAUGUUCAGGAGUUAAAUCUCAGGUCGACUGGCAUGCUCAAUGCUAUCCAAAGAUUUUUUGCUUAUCAUAUGAUUGAGACCUAUGGAUGUGACUAUUCCACAAGUGGACUAUCUUUUGACACUCUGCAUUCCAAGCUGAAAUCUUUCCUUGAACUUCGGACUGUGGAUGGACCUAGACAUGAUACAUACAUUUUGUAUUACAGUGGGCACACCCAUGGCACAGGAGAGUGGGCUUUAGCAGGCGGAGACAUACUACGCCUUGACACUCUUCUGGAGUGGUGGCGAGAAAAGAACGGUUCCUUCUGCUCCCGGCUGAUUGUCGUGCUAGAUAGUGAGAAUGCCACACCAUGGGUCAAAGAAGUGAGAAAAAUUAAUGACCAGUAUAUUGCGGUGCAAGGAGCAGAGAUGGCAAAGACAGUGGAUAUUGAAGAAGCUGACCCGCCACAGCUAGGUGACUUCACGAGAGACUGGGUAGAAUAUAACUGUAACCCCAACCAUAGUAUCUGCUGGACUGACAAAGGACGCACCGUGAGGGCGGUCUAUGGCGUUUCCAAGCGGUGGAGUGACUACACUCUGCAUUUGCCAACAGGAAGCGAUGUGGCCAAGCACUGGAUGUUACACUUUCCCCGGAUCACAUAUCCCCUAGUGCAUUUGGCAAAUUGGUUGUGCGGCCUGAACCUUUUUUGGAUCUGCAAGACUUGUUUUAGGUGCUUGAAAAGAUUAAAAAUGAGUUGGUUUCUUCCUACUGUGCUGGACACAGGACAAGGCUUUAAGCUCGUCAAAUCAUAAUUUGGAGGCCCAAGUGGAAUAUUCCUGAGACUUCCUCCUAUCGUUUAUCACUCACUUGCCAUUUUUUUAUAUGCUAUAUUCUUAUUUGUGAAAACUACCCUACUUCUGUAGCACCUCUCACUCUCUUCUCAAGUAAUUAUGGUAUCUGAAAGGUUUGGGGAAUAAGCACUGCUUUAUACUAAAAAUGUUAGAAGUUUUAAAUGCUGAAUCUGUGUAAAUGCAGAAAAGAUGUUUAAAAUGACAAUGCACUUUGACACGUUUGCUUAUGUUUCAGAUUAGAAACAAAAUAGUCCUUUAUGUUCUGCACUGACCAAUGAAGAAUUACUAUUGCCUUAUAUUUUUUGGCAUACAUUAGAAAUGUAGAGGAGACAAUUUGUGUACUAUUUUGAGAAAAAUCACCAGUUUGCUUACUGAAGAUUCUAUUUUGUGAACAGUGAGUUGAGUGCAACACCAUUUGAAGAGCUACAGACCGUUUUCCUGAGAACGGGAGGGGGAAUAAAACCAGGUUUCCCAGAAGGAAUGCAUGAUCGUUUUAUAGGCAACCACAUUCGGGUGUCUUGCUUGUGAGAUGUUACAAAUACAGCAGGGAAGCCUGAAUGAUUUUGGUAGGUCAGGACUUUUUUUUUUAAUGUAAGUAACUGUCCGGGGCUGAGCCUGUCCUCUGCGCCUUCAUGCAUUGCUGGGCCUCCAAAAGCACUGGCCAUUUAGAGCCUUUCUCAGGGCGCUUCAGUAUCUUCCUAAAGAAAAAUGCUUCCAACUACAGAAUCUUUCCAAAUAAACAUUCUGCCUUCUCAAAGAGUACUCUUAGAAAAGAUAUUUAGGGGCAUCUCACGGACUCAGGCAAUUUCAAGUAUUCAGGAAGGAUUUUGAUCUUUAAGAGUUAAGCUCUUGUAUCAAAAUUAUGUUUUCAAAAUCUGUUAGUGAGAACAUUUAUUCUAUUUAAGAUCAAAGAAUAGGAAACAAGUUGGUUUUUCCCUCUUGUACCUGUAUUAUGGUAAACAACAACAACCCAACCCCCCCCUCCCAAAAAAAAACAGCAUUUGGUGUUAGCAAUUUUAGUUAAGCAGAAUGGUGUGGUUGUAAUUUUUAAAACUUAACUCAGUGUUUUGUCUGAUUAAAACUCCUAAGAAGUUAUUCACCUUCUAUUCCUUUUCUCCUUUGAUGCUAGACUUUCACCUUUGAGAAAUACAUGCAGAAUGGAAUUAAUUGGGGGAACAUUCUAAUCUUUGUUGUUCAAACAGUGUGACUUGUUACCAUUGAAGCCAUUUUUCCAGCCUCAGAGAGAGGUCGGCGAGCCUCCCCAUUUCACACCUGGUCUCUUGAAAAGGACAGGUUCCUUAGGACGAGGCUGCUUAGCAUCAGCGAACUCGCACACCACUAUCUAUGCAGCAGUGCUAUAGUCUGAUGAAUCUUAGGUUUUGAAUACGACUUUCCUAGAUUUUUGAAUAGAAUUUUGGUAAAUAUCCAUUGUGCAUCUAAAGUGCAAAUAAUAGUUACUGAACAUUUUAGUAUAUUAACAAUGAUAUUCAUUAAAAAAUGCCUUUUUAAAAAAAUGCCUUUGUUGUACAAAAAAAAAGGUUGAUGCGUGCUGGCAUGUAGAAAAGUUCCUGUGUUCUGGUUAAGUAUUUAUGUCAACAUCAUCCAAAGACACAAACUAGGGCAAAAGCUAAGUGUUAACAUUAUAAUCUUACAGCUCCAAAGAGAGUUAAACUUCUAUUAAGUAAAACCUCUUAAAUUUCUUCCUAGGCCAAUUUUGAGGAAAUUAGCUUUAAAGGUAUGCAUACCCCUUUACUCUAAGAAAGCCAAAUAUAAAAGCAAAGUCUACAUUCUUUAUGAAGUAGUAUUAACAAGUUGGUACUAAAAAAUCACAUUUCAAAAAGGUAGCAUACAAUUUUAGGUAACCUUUUAUUACAUAUUUUCUGUGAACGUACAACCAAAACAGGUUCUUAGGCUAGAAAUGUAACUUGAGUCAAUUUAUUAGCCAAGAAGUUACACAGUAUCCAUUUUGAUGAACUGUAUAAAAACUUAACAUUUUUUAAACAUUUUUCCCAUCAUGAGGAUGGGAAAGCUCACUGGAGGAAGGUUUCUUAAAACUUCCCAAUUAAAAAAUGUUAGCAAAAGUAAUUGAUGGGGUGGAGAAGGGAAACUACUUUAUCUAAAGAAGUGAUUGGUUAAUUUCACCUAAAGAUUAAAAGUAGGUCUGAUCAUUGAAGUGACAAAUUUUCCCAUGGCUGUCAUUUCACACGUCAUAUUUAGGAAGGAGUUAUUUGGAGAGGACUUUUUUUUUUUAAUUUAUGCUUUCACUAAGAACUAAGUAACAUGGAGAGAUUUUCAACACAAUGUUGGCUUAACUUAUUUAUUUAUAUGUUAUUUUGCUAAAACCACGAAUGCACUAACCCCUAAAAACACCUUUUGUGAAACGUAUACCUACCCCAUGAAGUAAUAACUGAAGGAAACAAUUUCUUUCCCUUAUUACGACUUUUCAGUUACACCUUCACUUCGUUCAAAGUUUAUUUUGCUCUGACUUAAACUCUUCCUCCCUGGCUUACUUGGGUUUAUUUGUUGCAUAGCUUGGUAUUUGGCUAUUCUUGAUAAAUACAGAAUUCUAUGGAAAAAUACCUUUUUCAAAGGACAGUUUUUAUGACCAGUGUUUUCAUAAGUUGUACGCUUUUAAAAAGAAUUAAAAUGCAUUUAUACUUAAUGCAUUAGUGGAUAGAUUUUUGCUUUAAGAUCUCCAUUAGAAUCUACUUGUAACUAUGUAUAUCUUGUUUGUAACUUUUUGCUUAAUAUAUUAUGUUGCUGUUUGAGGUACUGUCUUAUGGUAUUCUUUCACAUUUAGGGCUUAGUCUCUUUUUAAGUAAUGUCCUACUUUACCUUUCCACAGGUGAUGUGAUAGUUAAUGUAUGUAUCACAGAAGGAAAUGGUUUACUAUUAAGAAUGUGAAUAAGUAUACUUGAUACUAAAUGCUCAAAGGAGUUAUAUCUGCAAGUACUUCUGAAUGCCUCCUGUAUGGUACGCUACUAGACAUUUGGGGCCUAGGGUUACACAUUUUAUUACUUCUGGCUCAUGAUUACCCAGAAGAAUGCCUUGCUGAUAUGUAGGAGGCAUUUAUUAAUUAUAUUUGACUAAGUGAAUAAAUUUAGAAUCCUGUAAAGUGAGAACAAUUUGAUUGUAGAUUUUUCCAUUUUCUUUACACUAUUUGUUAAAUAGAUUGAUGUCCUCAUUAAGCAUGCAAUUUAACAAAGACAAUUACCACUGUCAAAACACAAAACCAUUGCCAUCACAUGACCUCCAACUCAUAGCGACCCUGUGCAGGGUUUCCAGGACUGUAAAUCUUUAUGGAGCAGACAGCCUUGUGUUACUCUUACAGAGUGGCCAGUGUGUUUGAACCUUCACGGUUAGCAGCCAACUAACCGCCUAGCCCACAGCACCACCAGACUUCUUGACAGAACCAGUGCAUGCAAAAACAGCACAUCUCUUAUUCGUAGUGAAAGAAUUAUAAAGUUCCAUAUUACAAAGCCAAAUUAGUUGCCAUUGAAUCACUUCUCCCUCAUACCAAACCUAUAGGACAGAGUAGGACUGCCCCACCGUGGUCCCUAGACUGGAAUCUGUAGGAGCUUGUGGCCAGGACUUCUGCAGAGCCGCUCAUAGGCCUGAACCACCAUGUGUGUUUCUGGUUAGCAACCACGUGCUUAACCAUUGCGUUGCCAGGGUUCCUUAUAUCAGGAUUGAUUUGAGUGAAAAUAUAGCUGAUGUUACCCUUUAAAAAAAAAAAAAAGGCUUUCUUUGGGUGAGUCUAUAGAUUGUCAUUCUCAUUCUGACCUUUAUGUGAUUCAGAUCGAAUCUUUCAUUCAUCUCCCCACUAUUAGAAGCAUCCAGAUGGACUGGAGAUUUUGCAAAAAUAAAAAUUAUCUAAAAAUGUCUGACUCAUGAACAAAGGAGUUUAGCUACAAAUUUCAGUGACAGCCAAACUGUGAAGUCAGAUGACUAGACUCCUAUGCCUACGUGGGUUAAGGACACGCUAAUAAAGCUUGCAUCUUACGUUCUGCUAGUCUCGUGUGUUCACCGGAGGUAAUGGGAAAGUUUGAAUCUGAGCUACUGAGUAGUAUUGCUUUGGGUAAUCGUUUUAUUGAUUUAAGAAGUUCUUAUUUCUAUUCAUCAGGUAGUGGUAUUACAAAGCUGAUUAGUAUAAUUUACAAUACACAAUUUUUUUUAAUGUCUAGGAAAGCCAUUUUGCUUGAUUAACAAAACAAAACAAAACACAAAAUUCAUCAAAUUGACCCAUCAUCUUGUACGUUGCCCAUGUAGUACUUUGGGUUAUAAACCUAAGUAAUUAGAAGAAAUGCAUAGUUUUGGCAAACUUUGGUUUCUUUGUUUUGGGGACCUGUUUAUCCCAAAUCAUUUUUUUUUUUUAGCAGUGUGUCAGGGAUGAGAGAGAAACGUGGCUUAUCUUUGUACCAGCAAUGUUUACUCCAUCUUAAGUAAAAGUAUUUUUAUAUUAAAAUACAUACCAAUGUAUUGAGUACUAUGCAAAAAUUGUGUUGAUUUUUAAUAUAAACCACAAGAAUUCACAGCAAUUUUCAUCUUGCAGUGAGUUAUUUCUCUUUUCUUCUCACCCUAAAAUGCUUCCGAUCAUUUGGACAAAGUUCGGUUAUUAAUGACGUGUCAUGUGGUACCCUUUUAAAAAGUACAUUUUAUGGUUUGGAAUGCAGAGAGCACAAAUUUUCACUAAACACUCUUUAUAUGUAUAUGGAAGUAUAUUUGGGCACCAUUUUAAUGUGAUUUUAUAAUGAUAUUUGUAGGUUCUUGGAAGUCCUUAUACAUACUGAUUUCUCAUUCUAAGAAACUGGGUGUCUGUUAAGGAACAUAGGAUGGGGAUUUAAUUUGUAAUCCUCUAUCCAUAGACUUUCCUUUCUUCUGUACCUGACAGAGGUACUGUUCUUCCUGUCUGACACCUCUGGGUCCCUUUCUUCCUUUCCACACAAGACAGCUCGUUAAUAACAAUAAAAGUGGCAAUGACGAUCAUA